AUGCCGUUCGUUGAUAAACAGCUAAACGAUGGAAGCAAGAUCCCAUCCAUUGCAUUUGGCUCGGGAAGCGUGAACAAGGGAAAAGAUAUCCACAGCUACGUAGAACAAGCCAUAGACACCGGCUUUGCACACAUAGACACAGCGCAGUAUUACAACAAUGAACAAUACGUCGGCGUUGCUAUCAAAGAGUCGGGGCUGUCGAGGGAUGAGUUAUAUGUUACGUCGAAAUAUGGCUUUGGAAGCGUGCAGGAUGCGUUUCACGGGAGCUUGAGCAAGCUGGGGUUGAAAUAUCUCGACCUGUACCUCAUCCACACGCCUAAUGCUGUCGAGGCAGCUGGUGGAUAUGAAGUCGUAUGGAGACAAUUUGAGAAGUUCAAGGAAGAUGGUUUAACCAAGAGCAUUGGAGUCAGCAACUUUACUGUCCAUCACCUACAACAGCUGUUGAAAAUAGCCAAAAUCAAACCCGCCGUUAAUCAGAUACGGCUGCACCCAUACAACCUGUCCGAACACGCCUCGCUCCUCGAAUACCACGCCAAACACGGGAUUAUCACAGAGGCGUAUGGAAGCCUUGCUCCCAUCACCACGUACCCUGGAGGGCCCGUCGACGCGCCGCUCGACAAGGCCGCGGCACGCCUUGGAAUAACGCCAACGCAAGUUGUGUUUCUGUGGGUAAAAGCAAAGGGAGCAGUAAUUGUCACGACGAGCUCAAGCAAGCAGCAUCUGCAGGAGUACAUAGCCGUAGGAGACCUUCAGGACCUGACUGCAGAAGAGGUGGCUGCGAUCGAUGCUGCUGGCGCACAGGGUCCACCUGGAAUACUAUACAUUAGCACCACGGCUCGGUGGCGCGCUCUGGCCACCGUUGUUUUGGUGUUGCUCGCUGGUUGGGUGUAUUUUGUAAGGGUCCUUGUGGGACAUGUGCUAAAUCUUUCGAUUCGGGGCCUUGAGAAGAACUUGAUCCAUGUGUCCAGUGCCUAG